AUGUCCGCUACAAAAUUGUCUGUAGGUGAACUUUUCUCCUUACAAGGGAAGACCGUCAUCUGCACAGGCGCAACCGGAGGCAUUGGACAAGAAAUGUGCAUCACACUUGCAGAAGCCGGCGCUGAGAUUGUAUCUAUACAAGUAUCAGACGAUCCUCAUGCACAGGUCUUAUCUCACCGACUUGAAAGUCUCGGGAAAAGCUUCCGAGCUUUCGAAUGUGACCUUCGAGAUGCUUCGGCCAUGCGCCAGACAUUCCAAGUUAUCUGGGACGCAGGAGUUAUGCCUGACAUACUGCUGAAUUGUGCCGGUGUCAACAGAAGAGGUCCAAUUGCACAGGUGACUGACGAAGAUCUGGACUUGAUUCUGUCGAUUAACCUAAAGGCCACCUAUAUCGCUUCUCAAGAAUUUAGCAAGCGAUUAUUAGAGCUUCAGCGGCCCGGAAAAAUAAUCAACAUCGGUUCGGUCACAUCGUACCGCGGCAUGUACAACGUGUCUGCCUACGCGAGCUCCAAAGGCGGCGUUAUUCAAUUGACAAAGGCCUUUAGUAACGAGUUCGCCCGACAGGGAAUCCAAGUAAAUUGUAUUUGUCCGGGGUACAUCAAGACCGCCUUGACGACGCAACUGGAGAAUGACCCUGAAUACAACGAUUUCAUCAUUCGUGGAACACCUGCCGGCCGUUGGGGGACACCAGAUGACUUGCGUGGGGCUGUUACAUUCCUCGCUAGCCCCGCGAGCGAUUUUGUGACAGGGACGGGUGUGGUUGUUGACGGGGGCAUGCUUGGUGCAUGAGGAUGCGGAGUUAUAGACCAACUGGCUAGCUGUUUAUUGAUCUAUCUGUAUGCUUCAUUACGAUAUCAUGCUUGUCUUGUUGGAUGGUGUGUGAGUAUAUCGGGAGCCUGAGGUUGAUAUGGGACUUCAUGCAAAUACUGCUCAACUAGCUAUAUAUUCAGAUUUUACCUCCCGAG